AUGUCUCAAGCCGGACCCGCCAACGACCCGGCGGCCUCCGUAGCGGCCUCCCGGUCGGACGGCAAGAAGCAUCUCCUGAUCGCCUGUAGCGGCUCGGUUGCGACCAUCAAGUUACAAAACAUCAUCCUGGCCCUCGCCCGCCAUGACAUCUCGAUCCGUGUCAUCCUCACGGCCUCCGCGUCUGAGUUCCUCAACGGCUCGACCCUCGAGCAGCCCUCGCUCGCCGCCGUCCGCGCGCUGCCCAACGUCGAGGCGCUCCACCUCGACGCCGACGAGUGGGUGCAGCCGUGGCGGCGCGGCGCGUCGAUCCUGCACAUCGAGCUGCGGCGGUGGGCGGAUCUGAUGCUCAUCGCACCACUCUCGGCGAAUACGCUCGCCAAGAUCGUCAACGGUUUCUCAGACAACCUCCUGACCAGCGUCGUCCGCGCGUGGGACCCCGAGGGACUCAUCGACGGACAGAAGAAGAAGAUUCUAGUGGCCACGGCCAUGAAUUCGGCCAUGCACGUGCACCCCAUCACCGCGAAGCAGGUCAGAGUCCUCGAGGAGGAGUGGCCGUGGUUCGAGGUGCUGAAGCCGGUGGAAAAGACGCUCGCAUGUGGCGACACGGGUAACGGAGCGAUGAUGCCUUGGGAGGGCAUUGUCAAGAUCACGGAAGAGAGGCUGGGACUCGAGGCUGGCGUUCGGUGA